GUCUUAUUGUGUUCCCAGGAUCAAACUAAGCUCCGAAUACGUAUGUGAGGAAGUUCAGUGCGUGAAUUGUGGACGUGGUGCCCGAAUAGAAGAACGUUGAGCGCCCGCAACGCUUAAAUUGACUUGUACGUGAGAAAUCCUUGUUGUGAUUUCACAAGUCUUCUGGCAAUUCCGGGAUGAUAUCAACGCCGAAAAGCAUUUGGACAUCAUGGGAGAAAACGGGCAAAGAAGAAUUCAUCAAACUUUGUCUGAUGUUGGAUCCCUCGAAAGACGAAAGUGGGACGGACGGGUUCCCUCGUCUCAUGGCUGAGCUAAUCGAUAAAAUCGCCUUGAAAUUGGUGGAUUCGAAAUCAGCGGCUUCGGUGGUGCGGAAGAUCAUAUCGCGAAAUCCAUCUCUACUUUAUCGGUUUUUGGAUGUUAUAAACGCCUUGGAUUCUUUGCAUCCAGCCAUGAGUGAUGGAACAUUCGAUGAUACCCGUACCGCCGUUGUUAAUCUCCUGAUGGAGGUUUUGCCGGUGCUAGCUGGUUGUGAAAAUGUUCUUCGGAUUCGACUGGAACCUCCUCUGCUUAAGGAUAUAGGUUUUGUAAAGAACAUUCAGCUGUUCAACACGAAUUACAAGCAACAGAAGUACAAUCUGCUUCGAGAAGAAUCCGAAGGAUUUUCGAAACUGGUCACCCAUCUGACGCAAGAUUUGAAUGGAACCUCGACCGAAGACCUGAUCGAAGUGAUAAGAGGGUUGAUAGGUCAUUUCAAUUUGGAUCCGAAUCGCGUCAUGCAAUUAUUACUAAAUGUCCUUGAAGCACGAAGUGGAGAAGCCAACGUCGUUGGGUUAUUCCUGGAAGUUAUUCGAGCUUUUUCCGACUCGGACAAGACUGUUCUCGUGGAAAUGUGUGGAGCUGCGCUCAAGUCAAGCAUGGAUCCAUCUCCAGAUGUAGAAGCUGAGCAGACAGAAGAUGAGCUGUAUCUGAAUGUGGACGAUAUCGAGAUUGCCGCGGAAUCUGGAGAUAACUUGGACAAAUCCGCGAAUAAAAGUGGUGACGAUUGUAUUAGUUUAGAGAAGAAAGUUGCGUCUGAUGCAGUCAGAACUGUCAAAGUUCCUCAUUCAAAUCGAGCGGUCGAAGAUGAAUUCCAACGAUGUCGAAUGAUCGCCCUCUUGAUUAGUGAUGGAAUGUUCGAAGUUGAGGAUAUUAUUCCUUGGCUAACACCGGAAGCGUCUGUAUUGAAAUCGCAAAUGGAAGCAAGACUGAGCGAUUCUCAAGAAGCACUGAGACGAGUGAAUUUGGUAAGCCUGGCUGGUCCAGCCGUAGAGCAUGAAACGCGUGAUUGGGACGAUGAAGAGCAGGUUUCUAGUCUCCUCAAAGAAUACACUGGCAACCAGUGGCUGUUACUGAUUGAGUCAUUGCUGAACCUUGGGGAUUGGGUUCAUGCUCAUCAACUGAUGAGCUGCAAGUCGCUCCCUGAUUACUACGCCAUUUCUCAUCCGCCGAUCGCGUUGUCUCUUUGUCGUCUACUUCUGAAAGUCAUCAACCCGAUUUAUGAGAAAAUUUCGGAAAAGGAGGCGUGGGAGGUUCGCCAGCUGGAAGAUGCAUCCGGUCCAUUUCGUCGACUGCCUGACUCCGUCGAGCGAUUGUCGGAUUUUGCCCCGGAUGCAUUUCAGAUGAUACUGACGCUUGGGCCGUACAUUUACCAUGACGCUACUCUCAUGUGGCGCAUUGUUAGGAUUGCCUUCAGGUUCUUUGAGAUGAACCGGAAAGACGGUGAAAUGAACCUUGCGGAGCAUUACGAUACCGUGAGUGAAGCGGACGAAAAGACAAGAGACGUAGAAUUCAUUUGGUACCACGUGUUUGAAGAAAGCUUGUUGCCUGCUUUGUCUAUGAUCGAUUGCGCCUCUGCUUUGGCCGAAGAGAUGUGGAAUGUGAUCCGAUUGUUCCACUUCCAAAUCAGUUGGAAAAAUGAGGUGUACAAGAAACACCCUCUCUUGAUGGAGAAAUGUGCGAAGUUGACCAAGCGCGCAAAGGAUAUGAUGAAAAGAAUUUCCAAAGACACCGUUAAGCUCUCCGGGCGACAUUUUGGAAAAAUGUCUCAUUCAAAUCCUGCCGUUCUGUUCGAUUAUACUUUGAAGCAAAUCGUCGUCUACGACAAUCUAAUCACACCCGUCGUUGAAUCAUUCAAAUAUUUGACGAGUCUUUCGUUGGACGUCCUAGGAUACUGUUUGUUGGAACUUCUUGCUGACCCCAGGAAGAGUGCUGAAAAGCACAUCGGGACUAGCAUUGCAUCUUGGAUGCAGAAUGCGUGUUCUUUUGCUGGCGCUGUUUACAAGAAAUUUCCAAUUGAUCUUAGCCCUGUGCUUCACUUCGUCGCAAACCAGCUGGCCGAAAACAAAAGUUUUGAUCUUCUGUUGCUGAAAGAAAUCGUCGGAAAACUUGGCGGUAUUGAAGCUCUUCAAGAUAGGUCCAUGAACAUUAACCAGAUACUUGCUUACGGGUGCGGUGGUGAUGUGCUCCGCGUAGAGGUUUUGAAUGCCUUUAGUCAAAUCAGGAAUACGAAGCGAUCAAUUCUGAGGCUUAAGGAAGCUUUGGUGAAGAGUAAUUUGACUGUGCCAUUGUUCCUGGCUGUGAGUCAGCAGCGUGUCUCGGUUAUCUUCAGCGAAGAAUCUUCGGACCAUCCGACGCAUAACAAGCUGGUGUCGCAACUGUAUGAUCAAAUUCAGGAAAUUCUGGGACAAUUCGCUACAUUCUUGACAGUGAAUAUGAGCGCGGAAGAAUAUUCCAAACUACUGCCUCCAAUUGCACGAAUUCUUGGACUGUCUGCCGAGGAAAAUUUGCCGAAUGGGGAGUUGCCAUCAAGUCGAUCUUCCUUGGUGGCUCCAGAAGUUGCUUUCUGUUUAUACAGACCAAAGAUUCAGUAUCUCAUCGCUUCAAAAGUUCAAGAGACCCAUGGAUCUGACAAGAAAUUGAGUGAACGGUUUGCGGAAGCAUAUAAAGCCGUUCUGAAAGAAGUUGAGCAAGAUGUGGAGAGAAGCAUGUCGAAGAGUACGUUGGAGAGUUUUUCGCCUUCUUUUUUGGCUACCUUCUGGGCGUUAUCGCUGUCGGACUUGAAAGUACCAACGGAGCAGUAUGAAGCUGAAAUAGGCAAGCUUGAAGCUCAUAUUGACGUCUUGAAGCAACAGAACAGCCGCGACAUUCCUGCGAAGAUCCGCAAAGAAAUCGAUCGAGCUACUCACGUCAUAGAUUUGUUGAAGGACGAAAAGAAGAAGAGAAAAGAGCAUGUUGAUCGAAUAAUGGAAGUUCUUAAGAAGGAUCGAUCGAAAUUUUUCGAAAUUUCGCCUUCAAGCUCGCAUCAGCGCGUGAUCAAACCGGAAAUCCUGAUGAAAUUUCUUCAGACCUGUAUUUUACCGAGGGUUUCUUAUUCCGUGAUUGACGCCAUGUUCUGCGCGCAAUUCAUUUAUACCUUACAUGGCUUGAAAACCCCUGGAUUUACCACCAUGAUCCUCGUCGACCGGAUUAUGUGUGACGUUGGUCGAACGUUAUCGACUCUCACUGAAGAUGAAGCUACUCGUUACGGGAAAUUUUUAUUGGAAAUACUCUCCAUUACGUCGAAGUGGCACAAGAAGGAGAAUUUCCCGCAGAAACCAGAGGAAUAUCCUGGAUUUUUGACUAGGAUUGUAAGAGAUCCUCGGAAUGAAGCGUAUUUGAGUUACGAAGACUAUCGUCAUCUGUGCCACAAGUGGCAUUAUAAAAUGGGCAAAGGAUUUAUAACUGGGCUGGAGAGUACCGAAUACGUACCGAUCCGGAAUUCACUUCUCAUAUUGAUCGGAAUUCUUCCCGAGUAUCCGAUCAUGCAACCGUUGCACGCGCUAAUCAUGAAGCGGAUCGAUGCCGUUAUUACGGUUGAGAGCAAAAACCGACGAGACUUGAGUGUUCUCGCUACGUCCUACAAAUCUCAUUUUGCAGCUCGUGUGAAAACGAGGCCGUUAUUGCUUGAGCAUGAAUUUCACCUCAAGAAAGAGAAGCCCAGCGAAAUUACGAAGAAUUCACUGAAGGCAAAUGCUUCGGUGAGUUUGAAGAGUAAUACGGAGAGAAAUGAUUCAGCCCGUAAGGAGACGAACAUCCCUGCCGCCAGUACGGGUCAUGUUCCUCGACCAUCAGUUGAUUCUCCGAGCAGUGCCGAAGGAGAUCGUAGUAAAGGGAGGAAAACUACACGAUUGGAAGCCGGUCUGGGUUCCGCCUCUCCGCCACCAAUCAAGAAAGAGAAGAAGGAGAAGAAAGAUAAGAAGAACGAAAAAGAGCAUCACAAACUGAAGAAGGAAACGAAGCACAAGAAGGAUGGGAAAUCUCCUAAGGAAGAUAAGCAAGCGAAGGCAGAUCGGAAGUUGGAAAAGAAAGCUGCGAGAGCAGCACUUGCGUCUACUGUGGAUUCUGCUACUGCUAAAAGUAACGGGGAUACUUCUACCAGGGCGAACAGCCGGGACAGCAGCAAGGACAGUGCAAAGGAUCACAGUCGUGGUAGUAGCAAGGAUGCCCGGAAUAGCGUUGCAAAUCAACAAGGUCUUUCCCCCGUGUCAUCUUCUUCUGGAGGAGUUUCUCCAGCAGGCUCGCCGAAACCGCCACCUCGUCGACAUUCUCCUAUCACAUCUCGGGAUGCACGAACCGAGGAUGCAAAAGUUGUUCAAGUGAAGCUGGAGGCGUUCGUUUUGCGGACUGGGACGAAAUUAGCCGGGCUCGAAAUUCCAUCAUUUUCCGGACUCGCAAUAGUACCCAGGCUCAGAAGGGUUCCUUCAGCCGAAGUUUGCGAAGCUCGACUUGAUCGUUCGCGGUCGAGGUCAGAGGAUACUUUUCCUUCUCCAAUUUUCUCGCUUCCCACGCGUGUAAAAAGAAUCCGUCAAGUGCGUCGCUCCGUUGUAAGUGGGUCCACGUGUCAACCUCCCGCCCGCGGCUCCUCGUCCCCGUACCAUGUCAUUUCCUAUACACAUCUGCUUUACUCACUUACUGUUGUGGUGAAUCCACUUUGGCAACUACAGGGACCGGACAGAAGAGAAGACCCCCGGGAUCGUCGAGAGAAAAAGCCGUCAAACGUAAAUCUUGGCUCAGUGCCUUCGAAACGGGAAGACGUUGAGGACGGAGAAUAUGUAUCUGCAGGCGGAGAUGCUGGUCGUGGAAUAAGGCGUAAGCCCGAUCGGCCUUUGCGUGUGCCAGUCAGGGUACGAAUAGAAGGCGCCUUAUCUCUUUCGCACUUCAAAGUUUCAUCAGAGUCCUACGUGAUAUGUCAACUGGUUUUACGCAUUAUUUUUUUCAGGGCUCCCGAGAUGCACCAAGCCGAUCAGGAGACCGAAAAAGAGAUCAUUCUCCGGAUCGAUGGAGUUACCCCAGAAAUGGCAGUCCGAAUUUCAGAGAGGAAUAUAGUGAUCAUUCGUUCGGUCCAUCAGAACGGGAUCGAUCUCCAGUCCGCCAUGCUGCCUCAAUUGACACACGUGCAAGAAGAUUGGAUGACAGAAUGUACCCAAGUUAUAAUCGUCGUUGAUGUGAUCUCGCAGAAACACUGCGUGACUGACACUGAACUUCCGAAUUAAUAUUUGUGGACGAGACUUCUUCGCGUGAUAAUAGAUGGGGUUCCUGUUGCUUGAUUUCACUCCAAUAAUUUUACUCGAUUGUACGCCGGUAAAGUUUGAUUGCACGAUUUUUUUUUGUGUUUUCACCACCUUGAUAACAGUCGAGGCGAAAAUGUCCAGAUAUGUAAUUUUAUUUAGGCAAGGGUUUGUAUUGGAUGUGUUCAAAUUUAGAACGUAAUUGGAAGUUUUCUGUACCUUUUAGUUUGAAACCGUGAAGGUCAUGAAUAAUUACUAGGCUAGGUUUGAUAUGAGCUUUUGUCAGCUUGAAAUCGACUACUGCUUGCGUUUAUAUGUCUUGAAAGAUAAAUCUUUUUUCAUGCCGUGA